AUGGCCUUGCCACCCACCGACAUCAACCCUGAGAUGCUGAACAAACUGCUGGACAAGUUCGGGGUUUCCAGCUGUAAAUAUGUGGAUAUGUUGGGUUUUGAAGCGGACUACCUAAAAACCUUUUCCAAACCGGUGUCUGCCCUAGUGCUUACCUUCCCACAAACACCAAAGCUUGAAGAAUUCCGAAAUAAAAAAGCUGAAGAACAGAAGGGUAAAGAGCUGAACUCUGAAGUGUAUUACUUGAAGCAGACACUUGAAAACUCCAGUGGACUUGUUGCUUUGAUUCACUCUAUAGCUAACAACAAGGAUUUUGUGAGUUUUGCUAACAAGUCUUCACUGAAGAACUUUAUUGAUAAAUCUGCUGCUGCCUCACCUGAAGAAAGGGGAAAGCUGCUGGAGAAAAAUGAGGCCUUGUUGUCAGAUUACAAGUCUGUUGCAGCUGAGGGCUUUGUCAGGCCAGAUGGUGGUGACCACUGCAAUGUAAUAGUGCUGGUUCCUGCAAAUAGACACCUAACUGAGCUUGAUGGACACCUUGAAAGACCUAUUGACCAUGGUCCACUAUCUGACUCUUUCCUGGAGAAUGCAGUCAAUGUUUGCAAGCAAUACACUGAACAGGCAAAAGACGAAAUGCGUUUUUCAGCUGUGGCUCUUGUCAAGAAUGCAUAA